CACUGCGUUGUCCCAAUCAGCUGUUUGCAAACGUCAAUGGAAAUAAACAAAAAUAUUUGUGGCAACGAAUUAAAAAAUUUAUAUUUUUCCUUAAUUUGUGUAUAUUUUUAAAGAAAAUUAGUGAAAUAUCGGUGGUGGUUUUAGUACAAUGGGUUUCCCACGUAUAUUAAGUAAAAAUAAUAAGAUAUAUACGAAACUGGGUGAGUUUUGUUUGUCGGGCGAUGCGAGCUUCUGGAUUGUUUGCCAAGUGUGCCAAGAAGAGUUGCAGACACAAGAUCAAUUCUGGAAACAUAUACAAGAUGAGCACAACUUCAUGCAUGGUUUGGGUUUUAAGCAGGAACAGGCACGUAAUUAUAUGGAGCCUGAGGCGACCACAACACACAUUAUGCCUUUGCCAUUGUAUCGUAAGGUAAAUGAGGAGGAGUUGCGCGCGAGUGGUGCACUUGAGCAUGGCGGCGAUAAUUCACAAGAGAAACAAGAGCCAAAGGACUAUACAGAAAUGCGCGCCAUCGAACCGAAUGCGGUAGAAAUUGAUAUAAAAGUAGAACCGCCUAGUAUAAGACAUGCAUUAGCAUUGGCACCGCCACCACCCGUUACGCAGAAUGUACACGGCACAGGAGCUGUUGCUGCUGGUACGGGCGCUGGUGUUGCGCAUCAAAACGUUGAGGUAAGCACAGCCGCGCCAGCCUUAUAUCAACUGCCACAAGUGACACCAGCAAGUGCAUAUGGCACCACCAUAAUACAUAGUGCACCGACACUAACGCACACAAUGGGUAUGACAAAUGCAGCAGCGGCGGCGGCGGCUUUGAUGUCACAAGAAAUGCCAAAAGAAUCGAAUAGCACCACGGCGAGCGCCAGUAGUGCGAUAUCGUCGGAAGAUGGUGAACGCUGGUAUGUAUGCGAUUAUGAAACCUGCGGCCUAAAGUUCAAAUAUCAGUCACGGCUAGAAUUGCACCGUGCUGUACACAGUAAAGAGCGACGUUUUGCGUGCGAACUGUGUGGCGCCUCGUUCAAACAAUCGUGCAAUCUGUCGACGCAUCGUAAGAAAAAACACUUUCUGAAAGGUUCGAAGGGACUAGUGCCGCAGCGUUUUUAAAUUGCAAUGCAACAAAAAAAAAAUCAUAAAUUGCGUUUUUAAUUUGUACACUGUUUUUUUUUUUUUGUAUUUCUAUAUACUUUUUUGCGUCAUUUGCAAAUGUAGUUGCAAUAUUAUUUUUUAGUAACAAUAACAAGAAAUAGUGUAGUUUAUAGGGAAAAACAGCCUUUAAACAAUUACAAAUAUUUCACACAUAAAAAGGCAGAAAGUGUAGUAGGAAAAUAUGUUAUAUUUUUCCCAAACGUUUGUGCAAGUUCAAGUUUAGUCUUAAGAAAAAUUGUUUUUUUUUUCUUCUAGUAUUAAGUCAUUUCUUUUGAAAUACAUAUUUACGAAAUAUAUAUACUUUUUCUAUACUGUAUAUGUAAUUAACAUUUUACAUUAUUAUGUGCUUACGCAUAUAUGUAUAUAAUGUAAAAUGUGAAUGUUUGAUUGUAAACAAUUAAACACGAUGGUACAAUUAAUAUGUUUUUAAGAUUUUAGUGAAUAAUAAAUUCUUUUUGCCCCAAUUCAGUACAAAAAUAAAAUAUUGCGUUUUUU